AACGGAAGUGGCUAUGUAGAGUCGCCUUGGCUCACAUAACAUUCAUGUUCUGAACUUCGUCGGAGGCUCCAAGUAAUCUCACGGUGAAGUCUUUCAUGUGAGCUCAAUCUCCGUCGUCGCUCCUCUCCUCCAUAAUCGCUAUCGUGUAUUCCGCCAUUCCUGUGCGCACCGUCGCCGGCGAAAUUGAAGUUAUGGCGUCAUUUGCCGGGCGGAUGGCUGCCGUCGCCGGCGGUGCUGCCUCAUCGAGCGGUCAUGUGCAGCUUCUGCAGAUGAUGAGGGCCGCCGGGGGAUGUGAGGUCCAUUUCAGUUAUGCAGUUCAGCGUUCAGGCAUCGUGUUGCGAUCUUCGAGGAGGCGUUCGAGAAUUUGGAUGGUGGAGGUGUCGGGGCCAGCUGGCGCGUGGGAGAGAUCCGACGACGUCGGGGAGCGUGAGAAGGUGAGACCCUGCGGGUACGCGAUUGGGGAUGUCGCGGCGGAGGGCGGGAGUGACGGUGAUGGGAUUGUGGCGGUAGUGAGUGAUCGGAGAAGGGCGAAUCGGACUGCGGAAGUGGCGUUCGCCGCCCUAAUGACGGUGGUGAUGGGCGUCGGAAACAGGGUGCUGUAUAAGCUCGCUUUGGUACCCCUCAAACACUAUCCUUUCUUCCUCGCUCAGCUGGCUACGGUCGGAUACCUAGCUGUAUACUUCUCUAUUUUGCUUGUACGAUACCGUGCAGGCAUCGUUACUGAUGAAAUGCUAUCUACGCCAAAAGCACCAUUUAUUGCUGUUGGUCUCCUGGAGGCUCUAGGUGCUGCCGCAGGAAUGGCAGCAGGAACAAUUCUCUCUGGAGCUUCAAUUCCAAUUUUAUCUCAGAGUUUUCUUGUGUGGCAAAUUCUUCUGUCAAUUAUUUUUCUUGGAAGAAGAUAUAGAGUCAACCAACUACUUGGAUGCUUUCUUGUAGCUGUUGGUGUAAUUAUUUCUGUAGCAAGUGGACCUGGUGCUGGAAAUUCAUUGAAGGAAGGUGGUUUAUUCUGGAGUGCUUUGAUGAUACUUUCGUUUCUAUUCCAAGCAGCAGAUACUGUCCUGAAGGAAGUCAUCUUUCGAGACGCAACCCAGAAACUGAAGGGAGGUUCCUUGGACCUGUUUGUUGUCAGUGCUUUUGGAUCUGCAUUCCAAACAUUGUUUAUAUGCCUUCUCCUGCCCUUCUUGUCAAAAUUAUGGGGUGUUCCCUUCAAUCAACUACCAAACUACCUUAAAGAUGGUGCAGCCUGCUUUCUGAAUGUUGGUACAUUAUCGAAAGGAUGUGACGGUGCUCCAUUGCUUCCCUUGCUGUUCAUUAUUGCUAACAUUGGUUUCAAUAUCUCAUUGCUUCAUCUUCUCAAGAUUUCUUCAGCUUUGGUAUCUUGUCUUGCUGCCACCCUUUGCGUUCCAAUAUCUAUCUACAUCUUCACUCUGCCAUUGCCAUACCUUGGAGUUGCCUCCUCUCUUCCAACAGGCUUUGUUGUAGGUGCUGUCAUUCUGGUUUUGGGCAUGCUGGUUUAUGCUUGGACUCCAUCUAAUGGUUCCUCUUCUCCCAACGUAUCAGCUUCCACUUAGAGCCCAAGAUGAUCAUGGUGCAGCAAUCAAAAUGAUUCAGCUCUGCUUUUCUGAAUGAUCAUUUGAUUGAGGUGGAAAACAGAAAAUAUUCGUGCUUGUGAUUUUUGAUUCAGUAACUUUCUAUCUGCAUGCCUUAUGCACAGAGAGAGAGAGAGAGAGAGAGAGAGAGAGAGAGAGAGAGAGAGAGAGAGAAGGCUCAUUGCCUAAUCCUACUUGACUCAAAAUCAGAAUGAGGUGGAACUUGGUUAGAGAAAGUCCUACCUCAAUUUUGUGUAAAUCGGCAAAAGGCAUUAGGAUUCUCUUAAUUUGCUAAGUAAAUUGAUAGAGUUAAUAUACGAUAAAAAAAGAGUUGGGUGAGAUCUA